CGGGCUGGACGCCGAGCUGGAUCCGCAGCAGUACCUGGUGCUCCUCAACCAGCUCCACCUCAGCCAGGCUCACCUGCUGGCCGUCCUGGAGCGCAUCAUGGAGGAGUGCAUCCCCACGCAGCGGCACAGCCGUGACUACCUGGUCAAGUUCCCUGAGGAGCUCUUGGUGGACAACUUGGGGAACCACAUGCUGUUUGCUGCCGAGUGUCUCCUGGCUGGGACCUUCCUGGAGAUGGAGGAGUCAGAUGGGGCACAGCUGCGGCCCAAGGCCAGGAAUCUGCUGUGCAGCCUGGAGCUGGUCCGGACAGUGCUGCGUGAGCAAAGCCUGAGCCAGCCCAACUCCUACCCAGAGCCUGUCCGGGCUGUGCUCAUCCAAUUUGACCGGCUCUUUGCAGAGUUUGAGCUGAGCUACGUGUCCUCGCUGGUGGCAGUGAAGUCUCCUGAUGAGAUCUACAGGCAGCAGGAGAUCAUUGUGCUCUUCUGUGAGACAGUGGAGCGAGCACUGCACCUGGGCUACCUGACCCAGGAGAUGAUCGAUGGCUAUGAGCCACUGCUGAUGUUCACCAUCCCUCGCCUGGCCAUUAUCAGUGGUCUCCUCAUCUACCCCGAGGGACCCCUCAGCCUGGAGCGGAGCCCUGAGGAGAUGUCCCGGGUCUUCAGCCCCUUCUACAACCUCCUGAAGAAGAUCAGGGACCUGUUGCGGGUGCUGUCAGCAGAGGAGCUCUGCCUGCUGGAGAGGAGCCUGUGCACAGCUGAACAGGAGGAUCCCUGCAGUCCAGAGGCGCCCCCAGCCUGGGGGGCAGCUGUGCCCAGUGUGGACCCUCCUGCUCCCUUCAGUCUUCUGGAGGUCCCUAAUGCCACCCAAGCACUCCCCACCUGCACGACACAACUGGGACCCCCCAGUGCAGUGGAUGACCUGGGCACUGACUGGCAGCAGGGCCCCCAGCCCCUUGGGAGCAGCCCAGGGGUGGGGGUCAGUGCCACCCCUGGUGCCCGCUGCUCGGAGCUGCGCUCCCGCUACAGCAGCACCAAGGACAUGCUGCACACCCUCUUUGUCUGCAUCUCGGGGGUGGCCGAUCAGCUCCAGACCAACUUUGCCAGUGACAUGCGAAGCAUCUUGAAAACGGUCUUCAAGAUUGUGUGCUCGCAGGCGGAGCCCUCUCAGGAGCAAAGUGACAGCAAAGAGAAAGAUGGUGACUCCUGUGUGACAGAUGCUCCUCGUGUGGCUGACUGCCCGCUGUGCUCCCGCCCUGCAGAGGCUGCCAGGCUCCAGAGGGCAGGUGCCCGGCCCCUGCCCGAGUGGGUGCCGGACAGCACAUGCAGCCAGUGCUCUGCCUGCCGCUCGCCCUUCACCCUGCUGCGCCGCCGGCACCACUGCCGCAGCUGUGGGAAGAUCUUCUGUGCCCGCUGCUCACCGAAUACCGCAGUGCUGCCCUUCUACAGCCAGAGCAAACCCGUACGUGUCUGCACCCACUGCUACAGCACACACGUCCCGCCCGCAUCCCGCUGUGCCCGGAGCCAGUGA